AUGGCUGGGUUGCCAGAACCGAUUCUCAACACGUACGAAAACUCGAUCACCAUUAUAUCAGCAGAAGUCGGCGAGUAUGUCAAGCAAGUGGAAGUCGAAGAUAUCAGUAUUGAGAAAGAGAUCCAAUACUUCCACGAGAUUGGCGAUAUCCCCACGACAGAACUUGUCUCGAUCACACUCACGCUCAUCGCCAUGUGGGCCGCAGGGCGAUACGGCCUCAAGAUCCACGUCAUACGCCUGCUGAUGAACGCGGUUAAGCGACUGUACCACUCUGGGAAUACUGGCGGCAGAGUGCCUCAGAAGGCUGAAUACUUGAAAAGGGCGCCAGAGUUGAGUGGAGUGGGCGUGAAGGUCAUGGGCGCCGAUGCCGUCGCCGUCGCGGAUGGGAGACCACUGAGAUCUCGGAAGCCGAAUAGGGCGGCAACCGUCUCGGAUGCGAAUAAUGACGGUGCGAGAGUGACGGAGAAACAGGAAGAGGAAGCCGCGGCUGUUCACAGCAACCGAGGGGAUGAAAAUGUUUGA